UUCCCAUUUCCUGUCUGAACUCUCUGAAAAGCAAUAUUGAAAUCUAGCAUGGCUGAACUAACUACUGACACUCCUGGUAGUGCUAGUGGUGAUGAGGGUGCAGCUGCUGUGCAGUACCCACUGGAAGUAGAGUACUGUGAGAUAUGCACAAUGCCUCCUGAGUACUGCGAAUACGGUCCAAAUCCAUCAAAGUGUUAUGAGUGGAUGAAAACCAAUCUUCCUGACUGUUAUACAAGACUGGUGGAAAGAGGUGUUGGAGGGCUCACUCUAGCUGAUAGCAAACGACAGAAAAGAGGAGGAAAGGCCAUUCGUAAGAUAGUCCAUUGUGAAACUCCCAAGCAGAUCAAAGUCUCAACAGUGGUACGAGGGAAGAAGAAACAUGUCACCCUGAUAGUGGGCCUUAAAACGUUUGGUAUUGAUCUGAAAAAAGCAUCAAAAUCGUUUGCCCAACACUUCUCAUGUGGGUCGUCAGUGACCGGGGACGAUGAGAUAGUGAUUCAAGGGGAUGUUAGUGAUGAUGUUAUCGACUUCAUUCAGGGUAAAUGGCCUGAGGUUGAUGAUGAUUCUAUCAGCUUCACCGGAGCUCAAAAGAAAUGAAUCAAACUUUUUUGUUCAACUUGUUGCAGUAUUAAUUUUAUUGUCACCAUAAAUAAUAACAAGACAUAAUGAUUCAGAAAUUAA